CUUGCCUACAUGCAUUGGUACCGCCCAUUUCAAACUAUUGAUCCCUCAACAUCUAUGUUCAAAUUGGAGCGGUCUACUUGCCUCCACGGACCCCAUGCGUCUGUUGUUCCCGUCUCCCACAUCCUCUGGUCUUGUCACCUCAUCCCAUAUAGGGCAGGUGAGGACGGAAGCUUGUGG